AUGCAGAUACUCAUCAAAACACUUACAGGGCAGCGCGUUCCUUUCGAUUUUGAACCCUGCGACACCGUCGCGCAGGUGAAGCGCAUCCUCCAGGAGAGCGAACGUAGGCGAAACAUUUUACGCGACACGCAUCGAAUGCAGCGGGCUUCGAACUGCAGCAGAUACGGCUCAUCUACUCCGGUAAGCGCCGUGGCGUCGCGCCAUCUCACUGCCCCGCAGGCAGACACCUCUCGGACGAGCUCACGCUCAAGGACUACAAGGUCACGCCCGGCUCUACGAUACACAUGGUUCUACAGUUGA